CACGAUAGCCUGGCCUGUCAGAUCGCUGCAGUGGCACACGAGAGACACCCGUUAUGCCUAACAACCAUGACGAUAAUCUGCUUAGAAAGAGAUCCAGAACUGGAUGCUGGACUUGUCGAAAACGACAUCAGAAGUGUGACGAGCAUAAGCCAACUUGCAUGAACUGUCGCCUGCGUGGGGUCGACUGCGGAGGGUAUGGCAUUAUGUUGACCGACUUUACAGCCCGUGGCAAUCGGACAGGGCAGAUGGUGUCGAAGAUGAAGAGAAACCGACCCGCUGACCACGAAGUGGAUGUUAUUCCGCGGGCCUCACGACCGAGUGCCACAUCAGGAUUGGAAAGCAUGGAAAUUGGUGAAAACUUGAAAUCGCCUUUUGAGCUGAUAGACGACUCUCUGUUUCUGGACCUCGAUUCGCGCUGGGAUGAAGAUCUGGACUGGAUUGUAUCUGCUGAACCUGAGGCGCAACGUAAUGCCCUCACGCCUCCCACCGUGGCUGAAGUAGCAGGAGACUGCUUUGUAGAUACUGCGCACUCAGUGGAGAUGUCGACUCUCGACCCUUCCCUCCUAUUCAUGCAUGAGUCAACAGCCCUGCCACCCAUUCCUCAGGAUCCUUUUGACCAGUAUCUAUUUACCUACUAUAUGGAGACCCUUGCUUUGCGACUGUACCCGGUCAAAAAAGACCAAAAUCCCUAUCGAACAAUAUAUGGGGCUCUUGCAACGGAGUCAGAACCUCUAUUGAAAUCGAUCAUGCUAGCGUCUGCACUCCAUCUCACUAAACAAGGACGGUUACCCAGGUUUGCCAUCAAGCCCUACCGCAUGGCAGUGCAAGAGUCAUUCCGCGAGGCCUUGAAAAGCCAAGAUGAGGCGUGGAGCCUGGGAGUAACUGUCCUUCUCUCCGUUGUCUUUGAUAUCAUCGGUACCGGAUUGGCGACAUGGAGCUCGAAGCUUAUAGGCUGUCGUCGACUGUUAGAAAUCGCUUUCUCGGCUUCAACAAGUACCAAGACGCUCACCGGCCUGCAUUGUGUCCUUCUUCAAUACAACUGGGCAGUUACGAUGGGCAAGACCCUGGUUAGAGGCUUGGUACCGGAGGAAACUCUCAACGAGCUUAAAUGCAUCGAUGAAUUACCAUCUCGAGGCAGCUCCACCGAAGGGCUAGAGAUGGCCUCCCAUCAGCGUCAAUGGUGGGACAACUUACCCGACUACCAGAUGCAUCUCUUCCUGCGCGAGGCGACCGAUUAUUCCCUCGCUGUGGCUCGGAUCAGCGCUACCGAAUCAAAGGACGAGAUGUUGCGGUUGAUGCCCCGGGUCGCGGAUUUGGUCAACAGGAUCCAGGGAUGGCACCCGAAUAUAUCCACGGUUCCUGAGGAAUUCGUGAGCUCAAUUCAGCACUUCAAUUGCAUCUGGAAGGUGGGCAUGCUGUGUUUUGUGUACAGCGAGAUAUAUGCCCUCGGGCCCAAUGACGAUCUGAUCAAGGACUUGGUGCAGGCUUCCAUGGAGCCGCUGGAUAAGUUGUCUUGGCUCCAGGCUUGUUUGUUCCCUGUGUUCAUGAUUGCCCUGCAUGCUCGGACCGAGCAAGCACACUCAAGGUUUGAGGCGAAGUUGAAUGAAAUGCACACCGUUUUAGAAUUUCAGGGACCGCUUUCCGUGAUAUCGAUUCUGAGAGCCAUAUGGCAACAGACGAGUGCCACUCACGAGGGUAGAGUGCAAUGGAGGGAGGUUAUCAGGGAACUAGGAGCGGAGAUCAACGUUUUACUUUGAUGGGCUGAUUAUCUCUCAUGUUUCCGUGAGACUUGCCAUGGAGAGGAUUGCAGCCAUUUUAUGCACUUAGCUCAAAAGCCUUAUUGUAGGCCCCAACUGCCUUAUUUUUCAGCUUUCCUCGCC